AUGGGUAAGCGUCCUUAUUACCCUCAUUUUAAAGCGUUUAUUGAGAAGCAUUGGUCUAAGGCAGUUACGUUGGUCUAUUUGAAGAAUGGCUUCUUCAUGUGGAACAAUAAUGUAACUUUGAAACUGGAGGAGUUUGACUCUUUGCCAGUUUGGAUUCGUGUCCAUGAUCUCCCGGUUCACUGUCGUAAUUCUAAGUCUCUUUCUAAGGUUUGUUCACUAUUCUCAAAACCCAUUUACAUGGACGAUCCUUCAUUGCACCAGGAUAAAGGUCAAUUUAUUCGGGUCAUGGUAGAGGUUGAUGUUAAACAAGAAUUUCCAAAGAAGUUGGUGAUUGAUGUUCAUGGUGAGGAUUGUAUAAUUAACAUUGAAUAUGAAUGGAAGCCCGCUAUGUGUUCUCUGUGUAAACGAGUAGAUCAUGUGGCAGACCGAUGUCCUCAAAAAGUAUGGCAUAAACCUAAAUCUAAACAACAAGUGGGGGAUCGAUGGGUUGUGAAGCAAAAAAGGAAAAUGGUGGCUGUAGAUGAUGCCCAGAAAGUGUCUGGCAAAAUGCCUAUAAGACAGCCUCAAUCCUCUCAAGUUGCUACUCAUAAUUCGUUUGCAUUGCUUGAACAAGUCAAAAAAAUUGAGGAAAUAGUGCCUAUCACAAAAGAUGAAAUUGAUCAAGGUGAGGAAAAAGAGAAGGCAAUUCAAGUUACUGACUCACUUAAGGAGUUGGCUAUUAAUAUUGUGGAGGCUAAGGCUAUUGUACUAGCUGAAGUUAUUAUAGAGGCAGCUGAAUCUGUUAGUGAGGAGGCUGCUGACUUGGUAGUAAGUGGUAAUAUAGAAGUGGACCAAGAUUUUGGCACAAAACUGGACAAGGUGAUGAUUGAUGUGGUUAAUUCGACUACUGCCGGUGUUAUUGUGAUCAUCUUUGAUUUGGGAGAUACUGCUCUUCAUAAAUCCUUAAGCAGUGACAGUGUUUUUAAGAUAGAUGGGGAUAAAAAAUCAAGACAUCGAGCUGUAACUGCCUCUGAUAGGGUCACUAGAAGUAAAUGA